AUGAAAUUAAAUGAAGUAAUGGACGACUUAUCUGGUAGAUUUCUUAUGUACUUGCCGCUUUCUGAAGUGAAGAACACGGAAAGGCUCUUUUUCCAGGUGGAGGAAGCGCACUGGUUCUACGAAGACUACUACCGAAGAAAAUUCAAUCUUCCCUAUUUAAAUCUAAGAGAGUUCACGCUUCGUCUUAUAAAACACAGCGACUUUGCAAAGAAUCUUACCGGGAUUGACGAAGACUUCAAGAAGUUCCUGAAGUACAAAAAGAUAGUGCCGGUGUUUGGCGCUCUGAUAUUCAACUCGUCCAUGAGCAAAGUGCUUCUGGUCCGAGGAUUUGGGCCCAAAAAGUCGUUCACCUUCCCAAGAGGAAAAAUAUGCAAAUCAGAGAGCAAUGUAGACUGCGCGAUCAGAGAAGUGUACGAAGAGGUGGGGUACGACAUAAGAAACAAGCUGAUCUACAACAUGUUCAUGGAAACAGGAUCGAAGAGCAAAGAGUCAAAGCUUUAUGCAGUGCUGAACGUAUCCGAGCAAACAGCGUUUAAAACAAAGACAAGAAACGAAAUAAAAGAGAUCAAAUGGGUUUCCAUAGAGUUCCUUGAAAAAACGCCAGACGAAGCGUUUUCCUACGUAAAGACGUACGUAAAGGAGAUAAAAAAUCUCGUAAAAAGAAUCGAGAAAGACAAGCCUAGACUCAACAUGAAAAGAAUUAAAAAGGCAUUUUCAAUAGAGUAA